GUUAAAUCUCAUACAACUAUUAAAUAUAUAUUUUUUUAAAUAAUCCAUUGCUAGCACUAAGUUUUAUAACAUUAGAAGAAUUUAAUAAAUUUUUUUUAUGUUGUUUGAUAUAUUGGCUUAGAUAUAUUAAUAAUAGAGUUAAAAUGAGUUACUUGAAUUUAAAUUAUUUCAAAAUUUGUAUCUGUACAAUAUAUAAUAAAAUAUAAUAAUUUAAAUAUAUAUAUAUCACUCACGCCUAAAAAAGGAUAUGCGAGAAAAUAAAAAAUAAAAAAUUCAAAGCAAGGACCUAUAUACUGAACGAGCAAAUACGUGGUCCAAGCAAGUUUUUCUUAAGGCCACUUUUUGCAGCCAUGGAAGCUAGACUUAAGUUUGCAGUUCUUCUAACUCUCCAACUCAUAACAGUUUGUUCCUGCAAAGACGCCAUAACCAUAAACCAAACUUUGAGAGAAGGUGACCUCCUUGUCUCCAAAGAAAACAAUUUUGCACUAGGAUUUUUCAGCCCCAACAAAUCAAACUAUCGAUAUCUUGGAAUUUGGUUUUACAAAAUACCAGUGCAAACCGUAGUAUGGGUAGCCAACAGGAACAAUCCCAUCAGCAGAUCCUCCUCAGGAGUUCUCUCCAUUAAUCAACAAGGAAACCUUGUUCUCUUUACUGACAAGAAUAUUAAUCCAGUUUGGUCCACCAAUGUUUCUGUAAAAGCAACGGGUACUUUGGCUGCUGAGCUCUUAGAUACAGGAAAUUUAGUUUUGGUUCUUGGUAGGAAAAUAUUGUGGCAAAGCUUUGAUCAACCGACAAAUACUGUAAUACAAGGAAUGAAACUGGGACUGAGUCGGAUAUCAGGUGUAAAUUGGUUCCUCAGAUCAUGGAAAUCAGCAGAAGAUCCAAGAAAUGGAGACUAUUCGUUUAAGCUCCAUGCAAGUGGCUCGCCACAAUUCUAUAUAUACAAGGGCAAAAAGCAUUAUUAUUGGCGAUCUGAUCCCUGGCCAUGGAAAAAAUACGACAGCUAUUUGCAGCAUAGUUUUGUUAAAAAUGAUGAUGAGAUAUAUUAUACUUUUUUCGUUCAUGAUGCUUCUGUUUUAACAAGAAUAGUUCUUGAUCAUUCAGGAUUUCUCAUGUUUCUAAUGUGGCAUCAAGAACAUAACCAAUGGAAGGUGUUCUGGUCAACUCCUAAGGAUAGUUGUGAAAAAUAUGGAGUGUGCGGUGCUAAUAGCAAAUGUGAUUACAACAUUCUUAAUCGAUUUGAAUGCAAUUGUUUACCUGGGUAUGAACCCAAGUCACCCAAGGACUGGAAUUUAAGAGAUGGAUCAAGCGGAUGUGUCAGGAAGCGACUGAAUUCUUUGUCGGUUUGCCAACAUGGAGAAGGAUUUAUGAGAGUGGAAAAUGUUAAAAUCCCUGAUACCAAAGCUGCAGUUUUGGUUGACAUAAGCACAAGUCUUAUGGAGUGUGAACGAAUAUGUAAGAGCAACUGUUCCUGCUCUGCAUAUGCAAGCAUAUAUAUUUCUGAGAAUGGAAGUGGUUGUUUAACAUGGUACGGUGAAUUAAAUGAUACCAGAAAUUAUUUAGGUGGCACUGGCAAUGAUGUAUUUGUACGUGUUGAUGCACUAGAACUAGCUGGGAGUGUGAGAAAAUCAAGCAGUUUAUUUGACAAAAAGAGAGUGCUGUCAGUCCUAAUACUCUCUGCUGUUUCAGCAUGGUUUGUCCUCGUUAUCAUACUGAUCUAUUUUUGGCUUAGGAUGAGGAGAAAGAAAGGCACAAGGAAAGUGAAGAACAAGAAGAACAGAAGGCUAUUUGAUUCUUUAAGUGGGUCAAAAUACCAGCUUGAAGGAGGAAGUGAGAGUCAUCCGGACUUGGUCAUUUUCAAUUUCAACACCAUACGUGCAGCUACUGAUAAUUUCUCUCCAUCAAACAAGAUUGGGCAAGGUGGCUUUGGGACUGUUUAUAAGGGUCAGUUAGCUAAUGGACAAGAGGUUGCAGUAAAAAGAAUGUCUAAAAAUUCAAGGCAGGGAAUUGAAGAAUUCAAAAAUGAAGUCAUGUUGAUCGCCAAGCUUCAGCACAGGAACCUUGUCAAACUUAUAGGUUGCUGCGUUCAGAGAAAAGAACAAAUACUGAUAUACGAAUACAUGCCCAACGGAAGUUUGGAUUCAUUUCUUUUUAAUCAAACAAGAAAAUCACAAUUGGAUUGGAGAAAACGCUUUGAUAUUAUAAUUGGAAUUGCUCGUGGGAUUUUAUAUCUUCAUCAAGACUCGAGGUUAACAAUUAUCCAUAGAGAUUUGAAGAGCAGCAACAUACUAUUGGAUGUUGUGUUAAAUCCAAAAAUUUCAGAUUUUGGUACGGCUACGGUAUUUCAAAAUGAUCAAGUUCAAGGCGAGACAAAUAGAAUUGUGGGAACAUACGGAUAUAUGUCACCGGAGUAUGCAAUAUUUGGAAAAUUCUCAGUAAAAUCUGACGUUUUUAGUUUUGGGGUUAUUCUAUUAGAGGUAAUAAGUGGCAGAAAGAACAAUGAUUUUAGUCAAGAGGAUUCUUCCCUGAGCUUGAUAGGACAUAUAUGGGAAUUAUGGAAGGAAGGCAAAGCAUUGCAGAUGGUUGAUGCAUUGUUAAUAGAGUCUUUAGAUCCUCAGGAAGCCAUGAGAUGCAUUCAAGUGGGGCUGUUAUGUGUUCAAGAAGAUGCAAUGGAUAGACCAACUAUGUUAGAAGUUGUUCUAAUGUUGAAGAGUGACACAUCUCUUCCUUCUCCAAAACAGUCUGCUUUUGUUUUUAGAGCGACUUCAAGAGAUACCAGCACACCUGGAAGGGAAGUAUCAUACUCUAUAAAUGAUAUAACAGUUACAGAGCUCCAAACUCGCUAGCUAUCUGUCAAUGUUCCGAAAUGUUAAUAGUGUACAGUAAAAUCUUUCUAUUUUUAUAGUCAUACGUUUAAAAUUAAAUAAAAUCUAUGAUGACGAAGAAGUUACAAGUUAGUGAAAA